UAUGAGUUCCAAGAUGUUUGUGAGAUUUAGUAUUUAAAAUUUGGGGUAAAUUGAUUACUGUGUUUAUCCGAGACUAGGGUUUCUGGCUUUCUUCGAUCCAUUCAUUUUAGGAUUUUUGUUUGGGUUUUUUUGAAGCGUAAUUGAAUAGAAUGGGAAGUACGUAGAUAAUUAAUAAUAACGAGUUCUAAAAUGUUUGUGAUUUUGGGUAUUUCAGAUUUGGGGAAGAAUUAUUGCCCUAAUAAAUCAAUUCGUACCUUUUUCUUCAUUAUUCUGUACAGAAUUGUAUGUUAUUCGUCAAAUAUUGUUCAAGAAUGAUUCAGCGUUUUAAUCGAAGCGGUACCUACUUUCCGUGGCAGGUAUUGUGAACUGCUCAUUCAGUUACUCGAUGGAUUUGCCCAGUACAUCAUCUCAAGGGGGUAACAGAUUUGUUGGCUCGAAAUAUGUUUUUAAGAAAGAUGAACUUGUUCAAGUUAUAACCGCUGUGUUAUAUUCACUUGGCUAUAAAGAGACAGGGAAGUUGCUAGAGGAAGUCUUGGGAAUACAGUUGCAUUCCGAACGAAUAAAUUCUUGUAUAGAUCGUGUAAAGGAUGGUAAAUGGGAUGAAGUUCUAGAAAUUUUGCGUGAUCUUAGUUCAAGUGUUAAGAAGAUGUCCUCGGUUAUAUUGAAGCGAAAAAAAUUGGAACUAUUAUAUGGGAGGGACAAAGUUGAACUCGUGUCUCGUGAUGAAGUAUUAGAGGAUUUGAAAAUUUUGAUUCCCCCAACGCUGAUGAUUCAAGAAAAAAGAUUGAUCGAGCUUUUUGAACAGGCUCUCGACUUUCAAAAGAAUUCUUGUAGGUUUCACAACUUGUCGGUUGGGGAAGUAUCACUGUUCACUAAUCAUCUGUGUGGAAGAGAGGAUAUUCCUUCUAUUGGUUUAGAGAAAAUAGAGGGUUUGUGGGGUGAAGUAUGGUUAUUGCAAUUUUCUCACAAUGGGAAAUACUUGGCCGCAUCAACCAGAGAUUGUUUUGUGAUUAUAUGGAAGGUUCUGGAGUCUGGCAGAUUUUCGUAUCUGACUACAUUAAUGGGUCACACCAAACCAGUAUCCAAUAUUGCAUGGAGCCCCGACAAUAAUCAACUUCUGACCUGUGGUGUAGAGGAGACCGUGAAGCGGUGGAACAUUUCUCCCACAGGAGUCUGUCUCUUCACAUACGGAAAAGAUUGUGGUACAAUCUCGUGUGCGUGGGGCCGAAAUGGGGAGAGUAUAUUCGUUAGUUUUACUGACGGCAUUAUUGUCAGGUGGAAUCUACAAGGAACAAUGGGGCGACAAUGGCGACCGAUGAAGCCCACUAGGAUCGCUGACCUGGCGAUGACACGUGACGGGUCCGAGAUUAUAGCACCUUUCAAAGGAAAUAGGAUACUGUUCUUUGACUGGAGGUGGGAGUGCGCGAAAUUCAUAAAGGAAGAUGGAGCUAUAGUGUCGUUUACUUUGUCAGAAGAUGGUAAUUUUCUGCUUGUUAGCAUGUUGAACGAAGAAAUUCAUCUGUGGAACAUAGAAGAUUCUGCUUUUCCAGUGAUGGUGAUGAAGUACAAGGGCCAUAGACGAAGACGUUUAGUUGUGAAGGCUUGUUUCGGUGGAAUCGGUCAAGGCUUUAUUGCCAGUGGAAGCGAGGACUCCAAGGUAUACAUAUGGAAUAGGUGGUCGGGGGAGCUGAUCUGUACGUUGGAAGGACAUUCUGCAGUGGUGAACUGCGUGAGCUGGAAUCCAGCUAAUCCUCAUAUGCUGGCUUCUGCAAGUGACGACCGUGCUAUACGUAUUUGGGGAAACUCCCACAUUUGACAGAAUUAAAAGAUCGUAUUUCUUGUAAUAGUACUUUUGCUUCUUUUUUUUUUUUUUGUUUUUUUGUGUGUGCAAAUUAUGGUUUACUUUGAUGCUGAUAACGAGAUUGUGAAACGUGGAAUAUCGGUUCUGAUAUAAGCUCGAUAUAAUGCUCUAAAUGCUUGGUGUGAAUUUUUUUUGGACGAAACUCAAUUUGAUAUGAACAGCGUUUGUGUUCGUGUUCGUGUAUUUGUUCUUUUUUCAAUUAGAUAUGAAGAGCAAUGACGGAUCGGAUUAUGCAUAACAUAGGAAUUUUCAUAUAUAGCAAAUUCGAAAUAUCACGAGAGCGGAUUUUUGCAAUUCAUUCGAUUAUUUUAACAUAAAAGUAGCUAUCUAGCUCGACUUAUUCAAUUACAUGAUCGAAAACGGAUCACGACUUUCUAGGCUUCUAGCUAUACAAACAUGUACUACACAUUCUUAUUACUUCUUGUUCAAGUUAUUUAGAAUAACCUUAACCACACUAAGAACGAAAUUGAAAUCCUCGUUUUUCUUUUUAAUGUGUGAAUGAUCCACACGGAACACUUCCUUGCAUUGUUUAUUAUCUUUCGAUGCAUCCGCCACCUGUACGCCACCCGAUUUUAGGUUAUUCUUCGCAGCUUCUAAGUGACGAAUAGCAUUAUUAUAAUUCUUCGAGCAACGGUUGUACAUUUCUCUGAGUCGAGCACUAUGCGUCCCCUGAACCAAAACGUUAAGCACUGAAUGGAUUUCUUUCGCAUUUUUAGCAGCUAAGUCGAUCGAAAUUUGA